CUAAGUCGCGUAUUUUCGUCUCCAUCUAUAUGCACACUUGAUCGUCGUUUUCAGCAAACGAUAGAUUUUUGCUGUUCAUCUAUAAGUACUCGUUUUACUCGUAAUUAGGUAUUGCAUCGGACUUUCGAAUUACUUACCUGCUAGUUUAGUCAAUUUGGACGAUAAAAUAUUCUAUCAAAUUUCGCACUUUUGGUUUAAUUUUUACGAAUAUAAUUUUUGUACGUAGCCUACGUACAAUCGCACUUACGAAAAAAUAUAUAGGUGCAUCAGCUGUAGUAAUAAAAACUGUGUCAUCAUCGUUGUCGUCGUUUUCGCCGCUAGAAUUACUUCGAAUCAAACUUUCACAUUCGAGUGAUCCAACUUUACACUUCGAUAGGUAUUCUGCGCAUUGUUACUCGUUCGUGUGUCUAAAAUUACUUUUCAUUCAGCUUCACUAAAUGAGAGAUAGACUGCAGGUGAAUGUUGUUCAAGUCGAUACGUGUACUGGAAUAAGCCAGCAAUGUCCUCCGCCAACCAUUAAAGUAGAAAAAGUCAACGGAGGCCUGCGACUUUUCGGAGUCGUUAUCGGAAACAAUUGUCAAGUAUCGUUACCAGCAUUCGGCGUGUUGUUUUCUUUCAUCGGAAUAAUAUUAUCGAUUGUGGCAUUUAAAGAACCCGACAUCGACGAAAAUCCGUUGGAGAUUUCAAAUCGAGAAGAAACCGUUCGAAAUAUCCGCAUUCUAGGUCCCGUUUGUUUCGUAGUAGGAGUUUUGAUGAUAAUCCUCGGAGUAACUUUGAAAUAUCUGUCGAGGAAAGCGCAAGACAAAGAAACAAAAAUCGGAUUCUACUGUCCGGUGCACGGCGAUUUUUAUCCGUUGAGUCCGAACAUAAAUCCGAGAAAAUAUUCCUUUUCAGAAAUCGCCCGCACCGAAAACAACAAAUGGUGGUCGUCGUUAGGAUGUUUGAAGAAGAACCACCAAAGUUGCGAGCCUAUAGUUUCGGCCGACAUUCCACCCUGUCCUCAUAGCAUAUCUCCCAGCAAUCGUAGUUCUUUCGACGGCCAACACGUACAUAUCAGCAAUCUAAAUCCCAAUACUAUUAUAAUAACAGCCGCUACAACUCCAGCUGUCAGCUCGAUUCGCGACAGACAUACGAGUACUUGUUGCAGGGAUGCUGCGAGGUCAGGUUCGAUGGCUAGCGACUUGGAUGCGGAGACGACGUUGCAAAAUCAAAGUUACACCUCUACGCGAUCAUUAUCGGUGCCAAACGAUGUAGCCAGCUUUCCGUCUUUCCGCUCGAGGAGCAAUCCACCAACGUCUCCGCCAUCGCCAAUCUACACGCCGGUUGCCUCCACCGCAAAAAGGUUGAGCUGUCCGAUUUUACCGGAAAUUGGUGCCGUGUCUCCGUUGCAAAUUCUGAAACGAAAUAGACCCGCGUCUAUUUUAACGAACCCGAAAACCGAAUUGAAAAUCGUACAGCCAGCCGUCAGCGUCACCACGGUAGCCUCCGUCCCGCAUUCUCCUAGCAAAAGUGCCGACAUGUCUAUUUCUUCCGACGACGAAUCGAAGAAAAGGAAAUCCGUGUCUAUUCUGUUGCCCGACGAUCAAUACGGUGUCAAUUGAACCUACGACUACUGCAUAGUAAUGUAGGGCUACCUAUGUAUCUUAAGUUAUUAUUGUAUCGUAAUGUGGAUACCUAAUGUAAUGUAUAAUUAUGUAUGUACUUAUUCGUUAUUCGUCGACACUAUAAUUUUACGUUAUUAACGUUGGUAUACUCGUAGGUACCUACCUAAUUACUCGUAAGUUUGAAAAUUCAACCAGGUAAAUGUAUUUUGCUACAGGAAGACGUUAUUAGUAGAGGUGAUUGUUCAACAAUUUUUAUUUAAAAAAUUUCACGUUCCCAAUUACGCGUUAAAAAUAUAUGUAUUUAAUUUUUUUCAAACAGGUAUACUUACCUAUUUCUAAAUUUACGUUCUUUCUACGCUCCUUUUUGUCAAUUUUCAGCACUUUUUGAAUGGCGCAACUUUAUCUAAAAAAGCCAAAGAAAGUACGAUGUUUUGACAGAAUCGCCUGUCCUGGAGAUGGUUUCUCUUAAUUGGAUUCAGCGAAUCACUUUUCUUUAUGAUUUAACCAAAUUGGUUUUGCUACCCUAAAAUCUCAAAAUUUUUCAAAAAAAAUCUAGUUUGAAGAAUGAAAUUUUGAGAAGCCGUCGGCCGAGCAAAAUAUAAUUUCGGUUUUGAAUUUAGCGAGUUUAUCAACUAUCUGGAAAUUACGCACUUUUUGGUGAAUAUUUGCUCAGUUUUUCAAAAUAUACCUAAUUUUUUAUUUAGAAUUUUCAUCGGAUAAGAAAAGGAAUAAUUAUUUGAAAUUCGGUUACCUAAAUGGUUCAAAAAAGAUGAGGUAAUUUGACUAGUUGAAAUAGUUGAAUCGAUUAAGGCGACGAAAACAAUCUACUGAACUAGGUCUUCGCAGGUGAAAAAAAAAGGAAUCAACAGACAUUUCGCCCUUGAAAUCAAAACCUCCACCUACAUUGCGAAGUUGAAAGUAAUAAUUUUUUGCACACGGUAACCUGAAAUAAAAGUCUCGGCUGAAUUUGGUAAAAAUCCUGCGAUAUUUUCUGCUCGCGAUCCACAUUGCUGCACCUUCUUUUGAAAAAUUUUGCUCAGAUUUUAGGUACGGUUUAUCAAAGAGUAGGGGGAGAGGGGAGGGCGUUGAAGAGUACUGCUAAGCUAUCACACAGCCACAAAUGCGCGAAACGAUUUGUACCUACUCGACACUCGUACGUAUGGUACUCGUACAUCUGUUGCCUUAUUAUACUCGUAUUAUAUACCGAAGUAGCCUUCGUUUGUGACGUGUGAACACUGAGCAUACGCGUACGUACUCGUAUUUGUAUUUUUGAAAUGUGCCAAUAAUAGGUAUGUAAUUCGCGAUGUUUUAGCGCAGAUACGUAAUAUAAGUACAUAUACGUGAGUCUUUGUACGAAUAUAGACGUGAUAAGUAUUCAUAAAUUACCUCUACGAACGUAGUCUAGAUACUAUACCUGUCUCACGAAGUAUGUGAGUGUGGGACAUGUGGGUGUACGCGUCAACUUUUAUCAAUAAAGAAUUACUUAAUUCGCAA